AUGAACAACCCGGCCAAAGGCGUCAAGUUUGUCGGGUCCGACGCUUCGGGGCUGCCUCUCAAGCGGAAGCAGGUUCAACAGGCCUGUGAUUCAUGCCGUAGGAAGAAGAAACGAUGCAUCCACGCUGAGCCCUCGUCGGCAGAGCCCGCGCAAGCCAACGGGCACGAUGGACCCGCGGGAUCCUCGCCGGCCAGAGAUGUACAUACGGCUUCGGGCAUCGCCUCUCCCGUCAAGCAUCGCAACUCGACCACUGCAGCUCCUGAUGCCUUGUCCAUGUCCCCGUCCCGCCGCGACUCGUCCGCGGCAGGGCAGGCGGAUCAUGCGCAGACCCCUCAGACGCGGUUCGUCGGCGACCUGAACCCCGAGGGUAUGUUCGCCGAGGCCGCCGACCCGGAAGCGGCGGCGAACCCUACUCAGAAGGCCGAGGUGGGCGUGUGGCUUCCGUCCGUCAACACGACGGCCGCCCAGUCGACCGCCAGCGUCGUGUCGCGUCCGCUCGCAAUGGUCGACAGGGCCCUGUUGCCCUUCGUGAGGGAAAACUGCCUCAAGUGCGUGCCGCCAGAGAAGGAUUUCAAGCAUCUGCACCGGGUGUAUCGCGACAAGAUCCACCCCAUCUUUGCUUUGAUCCCCGAAGAUGUGGUGGAUGACGGCGACUCCCCGACGGCCGUUGUCAUGCGCCAGGUCGUGUCUCUGGCCGCCGCCGCCGAUCCCGACAUGAAGAGUCAUCUGCGCCUGGCGAACCAGGGAAACAAGAAGCUAUCCUACCAGGACUUUUCGCAGACGAUUUCCGGCUCUGUCCGGACCAUCUUGGAGACGAGCCUCAUCACGGACCGGACGGUCCAUAUUCGCGCCCUUUGCAUGCUGUCGCUAUACGUUCAACCUUCGAGUGCCGAUGAGGCAGACUUGCCCGCCCAGUUGGGCGCCAAGGCGGCCCACCACUCCCAGACUCUCGGCUUGCACCUUUUCCACUCCAGCGAUGACGCGCUGGAUACUCUGUUUUGUGCCGUGUGGGCUCUCGACCGCAUCAACGCCGCAGCAUACGGAAGACCCUGCGUCCUGCACGAGGGAGACAUCGGGCCCGGCCUCGACGACUGCUUCCGGAGACAGCAGCCGUGUUUCCGACUCUUCCUGUCAGUCGUGCAGUGGCUGGACAAGGUCAUUGAACUGUACAGGCCGGGCGUCAUCGCCCAGUCACUCGAAAGCAAACCGUAUAUUGACCUGCCGGUCCUGGAGCCCAUGAUAUUGGAAGCCGAGGCCUUGCAGGUUUCCACGCCGCUGCUUGCGACCAUAGAAGUCUUCUAUCACGCCGUCAUCAUCCUGUCCUGUCGUCUUUCUAGACCCGGUCCGCCAGCGCAGUAUGCGUCCUCCAUCCCGCCUGCCUCGGCCAAUGCCCGUCGCUCCCUUGCUGCCGAGCGUAUAUCUUCAGCCAUCCGCCGGGACCACCUGAGCCCCGUGCCUCUCGUUCCUUACGCCCUCUCGCUCGCCCUCAGCGUCGAGUACAGGAAGAUGCGGCACAGCGCCCUGCCCAUGUUUCGCGCGCGUGCCCGCAGCGCCUUCAAGUCCAACUCGGAGCUGAUGAAGCGCUUCGGCGACGUCUAUUGGAGCGCGAGGGUGGUGGCAGGACUGGGAGAGCGUAUCCUACGAGAGAUGGAGCGGGCGGCCAACUCCAUCGCGCAGGGAGCAGCAGGGGCGCCUUUGCCGUCGUCCGUCACGGAUAUCCCCACCAAUGGGAGGGCCGAGGCGCCUGCCGCGGUGGCUGCGGUGCCGGAUGCAGCUCCGGCAGCGUCGACAGCAGCGGCGACCACCACUUCAACCACCGAAUUCCCGCCCUUGGACGCCAUCGACUUCUCCAUCGUGGAUGCGAUGCCUCAUCUCGACGUGUUUGGUCACUUUGACCCGAGUUUCAAUCUCCCGGCAAUCGAUAACGCAUUGGAAGCCAACCUCGACAUCGGACUGCCACUUAACUGGGGCGAAUGGGACCACUUUGCCGGUUGA